AUGGAGUGAGUCCAUCUGCCUGCACGUCAAGCUACUUCGAUGUGAUACUGGGCACAGUGGAAAGGCUGACCUGCGCCCCGCCGCCCCCCCCCCUCUCUGCGUUCGGUCGAUUGAUAGUUGGUUCGCUGGAACGCCACGCUCCCAAACACUCACCACCACCACCGCCAACUCCAACAUGCUCGCGUCGGAAUCAUCGGUGAACAGCCAGGAUGCGACGACCACUCAUCCUUCUGGCCUGGCCAGUUCGAACGCGUUGAACGACGGUCACGGUGACGCACCUCCCGCCACGCUCGCGUCGGCUUCGGCCUUGGAGUCGACGGGCGAACAGCAGCAGCAGCAGCAACAUCAUCAAUACGAACACGAUCCUCACACACCUUCGGUGACAUCCGCACCUGUCGCCCCCGUAACGCUUGAACAGGAGAUCACCAACGUCAUGGCCGGCUUUGGCAGCUUCUGGGGCAAGGUUAGGAAGCAGGUAAGAGCCCCACUGAGAGCUUGUUCGAGUGGUGAUUACUACAGCGAACGAAAACUGAUUCCUACGAGACUCUCCCCAACUACAGUCCGUCAAUGCACUCGCUCAAGCCGAGAAGCAAAUCGAAACCGCGCGCAAGGACCUCACCCCCCUCGUAUCCAAAGCCCGCGCCAACCUCGACCAUUUGGGCGAAACGACACGAGCCGAAUUGAAUAGGUUGACCGAGGAAGCUUCGACGAGCGUCGCGGCUUCGGGCCACGGAACUGCUGGGUCGAGAGGAUCGGCGAUCGUUAUUGGGACGGAUGGAAUGCCCAUCAUGCUUGAUCAGAUUCCCGAGGUCCCGGCGCAGAAUGAGGUCAAGAGGGACCUCAAGGGCAAAGGGGUCGAUCGGGGAGAGGAAGCCGAGACGACGAGCGAUGGGAACCAGGGUCAGGCUGCCUCAUCGGAACGCUCGGGCGAUGCAACGACAGCGGCUGUGCCGUCGGCGGAUGCGAUCGCCGCUUCGGCUACAGCUUUCUUUUCCAAGAUGCAAAACCAACUCGCCUCGAGUCCCAACCUGCAAGGCCUUUCCAAGAACUUGACGACCCUGCAAGAGUCUGUCUCGACGAACCUGUCCUCCUUGCCCACUUCGUUGCAAACCAACAUGCAACAACUACAAACUCAAUUCGCGCACCAGAUCGACCUCGCCGAUACGCAAAAGACCGCGGGCGAUUACUUGCACAAGAGCGAGUCAUGGUUGAGCGGGUUGGGAAACGAGGUCUCGCGCUUCGCCAAGGAGGCGAUCCAGAUCGUCCCUCCGAGUGGGUCCGAUGAAGCGGCCAUGUCGUCCAAUCGGCAAAGGAAGCGUGACGAGCGCAUGAGGAGGGCAGAGCAGGUCGCUGGUGGGAGGAGGGAAACGCACCUCAUGAGUUUGAGGACGGACCCCUCCUUGUUGUUGGAAGAUCCAGCGCAGGCCCCCCUCCCAGGUGCCGAAGAAGCGGAUCUGUCCAAGAGCAUCUCGGCGGCGGACCCGGAUCCGAGACAAGCCUAUGCUCGAUUCUUGCAGUCCAUUGAAGAUCAAGGAGGUUUUGAAGCGGACGAGUACAAGGCUCGGAUUAGGAACGAGAUCGAAGAGGCAGGGGAAGGCCUCGAAGGGACGCUGAGGUUGCUGGUGCCUUCCCGGUUGGACCCGGAGACGUUCUGGGCGAGGUACUUUUUCAGGGUCGCGCAGAUCGACGAGGAUGAGAAGAGGAGGAGACAAGUCCUGCAAGGUCCGUCUUUUCGCUGGGCACACCCGCUUCUUUGUACACUGACUUAUGUAAGCGCUUGUGACGGCACAGGUGCCGAAUCAAACGAAGACGACUUCUCGUGGGAUAUGGAGGAUGAGGAAGAUGAAGAGACGGCAGAUCAAAGUCGUGCAUCGGCAUCGCCCCCGGCGCCAGUGGCGACAGCGACGUCUCGUUUGACCGAUACACCUUCACCUGCUACGCCUCGCCCCGACUCGGGAGAAAGCAUGCCCAAGGCAGAGGCCAAGCCGACCUUGUCUGCUCAGCCGAACACCCUUUUGUCUCGUGCUUCGAGCGUCAGCGCUGGGAGUGAUUGGGGUCUCGAUUCAGGGACGAUGGAAGAGGCUGAAGCAGGGGACGAUCAAGGGCCGACACCACCUCGCCACGCUCAGCCAGCCAACCUCAUCGACACGCAGAAGACGACCUCUCCGGACCUCGCCGGACCGAAUGCGACCUCGCCCCGAGCGAGCAGCGAUGGAACUGCGGGCAGCUUCGAUGUCGUUGGAUUGAAUAGUGGGACGCCGAGUGAGGGCGGUGUAGAGGCGGUCGAGGUUGAGACGCCCGAGGAUGUGCUGCCGAACCCGAGGACCAAAGUGCCUUUGGGGGAGGAGAAGAAGGCUUCCGGCGAGCCUGAUUCGGAUGAGGAUUCCGACUGGGAGUAA